AUGGAGAUGUGGAAAUAUCGGGUCGUAGGAUCGGUGGCCGCCCUGCUCUUGCUACUCGCCAUCGUCGUGCCGUUUACUCAGACCCGGACGCAGAGCGCACGGGACAAGGCUGCCAUGGCGGAAGACGCGGGGCCGUUGGUGGGAGGCAUCAAGGACUCGCCGAUGGGCCAGGAGAACGACCUCGACGUCAUCGCGCUCGCCCGCUUCGCCGUCUCCGAGCACAACAACAAGGCCAAUGCCCUGCUGGAGUUCGAGAAUGUAGUGAAGCUGAAGAAGCAAACUGUUGCUGGCACGAUGCACUACAUUACAAUUCGGGUCACUGAAGGUGGGGCCAAGAAGCUCUAUGAAGCUAAGGUGUGGGAGAAACCAUGGGAGAACUUUAAGCAGCUCCAGGAGUUCAAGCCGGUGGAGGACGCUGCAAUCACAUGA